AUGCGCCUCACCCUAGCCUUCAUCCUCGCCCUUACCCUUACAACCUGCGCCGCCGACUACAUCGUAGUCCAAACCCGCUGCCGCUCCUGGGACCCAGCCUCCUGCGAACGCCAAGACAGCUUCUUUCACUUCAAUGGCGGCCGGCAGUCCAUCAACGCCAAUCAGGGCUGCCGCAACGCGCACUCCCGAAGGCUCCUGAUAUCCAUCUGCCUCGACUACGAGACGAAGCGCGGGCACUUCCUCUACUCGCAUCAGGACAUCCGGUGCCUACGGCUCCUGCCUAAGAUUGUUCACCAGCGGUGCGGGCAUGGGUGGUUCCGGUGCUAUAGCGGGAUGUGGGACGAGACGCCGUGUUUGAAGAAGCCGGAGGAGGUGCCGAUGGAGGAUAUCGAGACGUGA